AGAAAUAUCUAGAGAAGGCUAUAAAUAUCUAUCAGAGUUCACUCGCGAUAUCUGGAUUCUUUCAAAAGCUAUAAACUACUUUCUCUAUAUCUCUCUUCUAAUAAACCGGAAAAAAAAGGAAAAAGAAAAACCCAAAAACCAAAACGACACUAACAAAAUCCAGAAAAGAAAAAAACUCACAAAAUCGAAAGCCAAGGAAUAAGCGGCUCUAGUUUGAAUCGCAUAAGGGUUUUUUUCUCUCGCAUGUCGUCUGAGAAGAUACAGAGGAAGAGAAAGACGCGGAGUAGACGUGAAGGUAAUUCAGUUGCGGAUACUCUAGCGAAGUGGAAGGAAUACAACAGUAGUAUUGAAUCUACAAAUGAUGAUGGUAAGCCAACUCGCAGAAUUCCAGCCAAGGGUUCUAAGAAAGGAUGUAUGAAAGGUAAAGGGGGUCCUGAUAAUUCAAGAUGUAACUACAGAGGUGUUAGGCAGAGAACUUGGGGCAAGUGGGUUGCCGAAAUUCGGGAGCCUAAUAGGGGAAAUAGGCUCUGGUUAGGUACUUUUCCAACUGCAUUAGAAGCUGCUCUUGCCUAUGAUGAAGCUGCCAGGGCAAUGUAUGGCCCCUGUGCUCGCCUUAAUCUUCCCAAUAUAACGGACUACAAAUCAUGCAAGACGUCUUCUAAAGUUUCUUCUUCAUUGGCUACUCCAUCAGGUUCUUCUUCAGUGACCACUCCAGCAGGCUCGGAAUCUACUACAACAUCGAAUUCGAUCCUGUCUGAGGUCUGUGCGGAUGAGGAAUCUAAGGUAAAGUGCAUUGCUUCUGGUGGGAAGAAUGAAGUUAUUCAGUCGAGAGUAAAUCCUCAGCCUCUUCUUGUGGCUGAAGUAGCUACACCUUUAAGUGCGGUGAAGUCAGAAGUGAAGCUAGAAGAAGCGAGCCCGAAGCCUGUUAAACAAGAGGCUAAAGAGGACACCAUGGAAGCUGAGUAUCAAACUUGGGACAAGUUAGGUGACACGGAGGAGAAUUUACUGCAGAGCUUCUCAAUGGAUGAGAUGUUUGACGUUGAAGAACUAUUGGGAAUCAUGGACGGUAAUGCAGGCUCAGUGGAAGAUAUUUGCUGUAAUGCUCUUCAAUGGGACAAUGAAGAUAUUCAGACCAACGAACCAUCUAAUUUAUCUUAUCAGUUGGAGAACCCUGAUGCCAAGCUACUAGGUAGUUUGCGUCAUAUGGAGCACCCUUCAUCAGGGCUCGAUUACAGCUUUGAUUUCUUGAAGCCAGGAAGGAUCGAGGAUAAUAAUAUUUGCUUGGACGAUCAGGCCUACACUUGGGAUUAUCCAAUUACGAGUUUUGAGAUGGAGGGGAUGUCUGGCUGAAGGAGGAAUGGUGCAUCCUCAAGAUGGACUCUGCGACAUUAGAUUAGCGAUCACAGGUCACAAGAAGGCCAGAACAAUGAGUUUCUACAGUUGCAUUUAGAAUCCGACAGGCUCUUGGACUUGGAUACAGGCAGCUUGAUGAUAGUUUGGCCAAGCAAACUUUGUAGAUUGCUAUACGAACUAGGAAAAAUAUACAUAAUAUACUAUUUUUCUUUUUCCCAUUUUCCUGGGACUGACUUGUUCGUUUCCCUUUGGGACUAACCCGUUAAUGGCCUGAUUCUCUAUAGCUUUUAGAUUGGGGGAUUCGGCUAAUAUUACAUAAUGUUUCUUUGAUUCGUUUUUCACCUUACUUUUGUGUCCGUUUCCUGGUCGUUACCGGGAGAUGGGCAGAGGGUCUACAUAUACACGUUUCCCCCGUCUCUUUUCAUGCGAUAAAAUUUCUUUGAUCAGUUUUCACGUUAACUGAUAUUCUUUGUUGUAGAUGUAAGAUGUACUAGAUUAUAAUGACUUUGUUCAUCAUAUUUGUGUGUAGAAAACAAAUCCUGGAAAGCCAUUAUUCAAAAUAUAUAUUGAAGGUUUCAAAUAAAAUCUAUAAUAUUUGUGUA